GGAAUGAAAUGUUCGACCAGCAGGUGUCCACAUACUUCUGGUCAUGUAUUUGUUUUUAAUGUUCUGAAAUGUCUGUCUGUUUUUGUAAACAUGACCAAUAAGAACUCUGAACUCUAAAUGGACAGGUGCGCUACCAGCUGUCUCAGGGGAGUCCGUUCCUGGUGGACUCAGUCCGAGGUGUCAUCUCCCUGAUAGACAGGCUGGACAGAGAGAGAGCCUCCUUUCACCUGCUAGCCGUCACAGCCAUGGACCAGGGCAGCAUGCCCAGGUCAGCCACUGCUGUGGUCAACAUCACUGUCCUCGAUGUCAAUGACUGCAGCCCGCUGUUCUCUCCAGACACACUGAUGCUCCAUGUGUUGGAGAACGGCGGAGACCCGUCUCAGCUCACCCACCAGGUAUCAGCUAGGGAUGAUGAUCUAGGGGUGAACAGCCAGCUGAGGUACUUCAUAGAUAGAGACUGGGAGGGUCUCUUCUCUCUGUCGCCAAACGGCACCUUUCACAUGCUACAGAGCCUGGACAGGGAGGUGACAUCUCUCUACAAGUUAGACAUCAUGGCUGUCGACUCAGGUUUGCCGCCUCUGACAGGGACUGUGACAGUCCAUGUUGUAGUGGACGAUAUGAAUGACAACCGGCCAGUGUUUAGUGAGGAGGUCUACACCACCAUUGUCUAUGAGGAUAGCCCUGCAGGCACAGUGUUUGCCAUGGUCACUGCCUAUGAUGCGGAUGAAGGUGUCAAUGGACAAGUAAGGUAUUCCAUAGAGAGUGCUGAUGGACCCUUCUCUAUUGAGGACACGUCUGGGGAGCUGUUGACCACUGGCGUGCUGGACAGGGAGGCGGUGGCAAUCUACAGACUGACUGUAGUGGCCAGGGACACACACCCCACACAGCAGCUGUCCAGCUCGGUACAGGUGUCUGUCCUGAUUGCAGAUGUCAACGACCAUUGGCCUCAGUUCCUCCACAGCCCCUAUGUGGCUAACAUGCCGGCUGGAUCUGCUCCGGGGUCUGUUGUGUGUGCGGUGAGAGCACUGGAUGGUGACUCAGGGAUCAAUGCACAGCUUCACUUCUUCUUAUAUGGGCAGAACACUGGCCAGUUCUUCAUCAGCCCACACAGGGGAACCAUUUUCACCACUGGUGCCCUCACAGGGACAAACGACAUCACUAUCAACGUGCACGUGGAAGACGGGGGAGACAAUCCUAAAUUUGACACAACAACUGUUACCAUCAGAUUCCAGAAUGCCUCAGAGUUCCCCACAGUUGGUGUAGAUGUUCUCAGACCAUCUCUCUCUGAAGAGGACCCAGAGGGAACCUUGGUAGCUCUGGUCUCAGCCGGGACUUCCAGAGCAGGUCCAGUCUCCUUCUACCUGGUGUCUGGAGACUCUGACCACCUGUUCCGCCUCCACCAGGCCACUGGCCAGUUGACCAUCCACCACCCUCUGGACUAUGAGACCAACAAAGAGUUUCUACUGCUGGUGGAGGCCAGAGAUGCAGGCUCCCCACCGUUCUCUUCUUAUGCAGAGAUUCACGUGAAUGUCACUGAUGUGAACGAUAACGCACCACAGUUCACUCAGAGUGAAUAUAGGUGUGAGGUACCGGAGAACUCUCCAGCGACGUGGGUGUGUGACGUGCUCGCCAUCGAUGCGGACUCUGGGAGUUAUGGAAAGGUGCAGUACAGCAUUUUAGAGCGGAACAUUGACCAUGUUUUUACCAUUGACUCAGAAAAUGGCAUGCUGAGCACAACAACGAGUUUAGACCGCGAGGAAAUACCUGAGUACAAUUUAAUCAUCGUAGCUGCAGACAAAAACAACAGUUUCUAUAAAGACAUUGCAGUCAUGCUAGUGGUGGUUUUGGACACAAACGACCACGCACCUCGGUUUACACAGAUCUUCUUCACUGAGAUAACUGAGGAUUCUCCUAUCGGACACACCAUUUUACAGAUAAUCUCAACAGAUGACGACAUCGGUGCCAAUGCUGUGAUUACUUAUUCCAUAAUUGACCAGAGGGAUGGCGUUCUUCCGUUCAGUAUUGAUAAGACUAGUGGGUGUAUAACAGUGUUGCUGUCUCUGGACAGGGAGACCCAGGACCAUUAUGUGGUGAAAGUCAAUGCCAACGACUCAGCUUGGAGCAUUAGUACAGACGUGACAAUAGACGUAACUGAUGUUAAUGACAACAAACCUGUCUUUACUAAACAGGUCUACACUGCUACUGUCACUGAGACCAGGGCCCAGGAAGUAUUUGUUAUGCAAGUUCUCGCUAUGGAUGCUGACCUGGGACAAAACAGUCAGAUUGUGUAUCUGAUCGACCCUCCCAGUGAGCAGUUCUGGGUCAAUGCGUCUACUGGGGAUAUUCUCACCAAGCAACCCAUAUCUUUACUACAUCAGUCUGCCUCUCUGAGCCUUAGUAUUACGGUUGUAGCCUCCGACUGUGGCAAUAUUCGUUCAUACAGUAACUCCAUGGUCAUUGUAACCGUUGUUCAGUAUAACCAUUUCCCUCCCAGCUUCCUGCCUUUCCCACCUCUCCUGUCCAUCCCCUAUAACAUCGCCAUGGGAACCGAGGUGGUGUGGCUAACAGCCGUGGACCGGGACUCCAAUCACAGCAAAAGCAACACUACUAUAGAAUACAGUCUCGCCGGAGGUAAUGCAUCAGAUUUUUUUGUAAUAAACAUGGACGAUGGGAGACUGAUGCUUAAUAGGACAUUGAGGCAAAGCCUUAACUCACUGUUGAUGCUCAUAGUUACAGCAAAGGACCAGGGGUUCCCUCCUCUCUCAUCACAGGCUGUUGUUCAAUUUGAGGUUACAGGAGAGAAUCAGUUUUCCCCGCAGUUUUCAGAGACGUAUGUUACCUUCUCCGUCCCUGAGGAUCUGCUAGUGGGGUCAGUCAUUGGGAAAGUCCAGGCCGAAGACGGAGACGAUGGAGUCAAUGGUGUGCUCUCAUAUUCUAUAACGUCAGGAAACAAAUAUUCACCAUUCUCUUUAGGACAGAGGUCAGGACUGAUUACUCUAGUCGAAAGGCUGGACUAUGAGAAACAAGGAGUUUAUCAUAUUCAGAUCACCGCCAAAGACGGAGGCUGGAUCUCUAAGACUGGGACGGUAAUCAUGACCGUGAAUGUCAGUGACGUGAAUGACAACCCUCCGGUCUUCACAUUGUCACUGUACACAGCCUCAGUGCUGGAGAACUCUGUGGUUGGGACACCGGUCCUCCAGGUCGGAGCUACCGAUGCAGACUCAAGUACCAAUGCAUAUAUCACCUACUCACUGAUGGCCAGUGGACACUCUGGCCAGUUUGCCAUCGACUCCAGGAACGGCACUGUCACCACUUUGGAUAUCUUUGACUUUGAGCUCAAGCGGUCCUUCGAAAUAACUGUCAAGGCCUCAGAUGCAGAAAACCGCCAUUCAUUCAGUGUUGCACACGUUAAUAUCCAAGUCUCAGGAGUCAACGAGUUCAGCCCAGCGUUCCUGCAACACAAGCUCAACCUGUCCGUCUCCGAGAAUGUAUCUAUUGGAACUAGAGUUGGCAAGGUAACCGCCACUGACUCUGACGAAGGCCUGGACGGACUGGUCUUCUACCUGCUCAUUGGACAAAGCCGAUGGACAGGCUUCGACGUAGAUGAACAGAGCGGAGAGAUCUACAUCACCGCUGAUCUGAGGAAGCAGGGCUACAGCCAUGCCACCCUGAGAAUCCUAGCUAAGAACCGAGGCGUCAUCACAGGGCUAGAUGUGGACGAAGCCUUGGUCUACAUCAAUAUAGUGGACACUAACGACCCACCGGAGUUCUCCUCAGGGCUCUACAGUGCGGAGAUCAGGGAGGACAGCCUUGUGGGGAAUUCUGUUAUCAGAGUGGUUGCCCUGGACCAGGACUCUGUCCCAGAGUGGAGCCGCUUCUCCUACAGCAUCCCGGAUGGAAACGUCAACUCAUCCUUCUUUGUAGACCCUGUCAGUGGACUUGUGUCUGUCAAUGCCCCCCUGGACAGAGAACUGUGGCCCCUAUACAACCUGACUGUGACAGCCACAGACCAGGGUUCUCCGCCAGCCACUGGGACUGCUCAAAUUGUGGUGACCAUUACUGAUGUUAAUGACAACACCCCCACAUUGGUCAACACACAUGGGCAGGUGAAGGAGAACCAGCCUGCUGGUACCAUAGUGGCCAGGCUCAACACCUCUGAUGCUGAUCUACCUCCCAACCAGGGGCCAUUCUCCUACUGGAUCGUCCAGCCUGCCUCAGGGAGGAGCUUCACCCUAACUUCUGAUGGAGUCCUUUCCACCUCCAGACCUUUGGACCGGGAGGUCAACUCUGUGUUUCAUCUGUCGGUGGUGAUCAGUGACGCAGGGACUCCUCCACUGUCCUCCACCACGAUGUUUAACGUCAGAGUCGAGGAUGAGAACGAUAACCCAUCGGUCCCGAGGAACGUCUACAUUGAGGUGAAGUACUAUGGCAGUGCCUUCCCCGGCGGCUUCAUCGGCGACGUCAGACCCGAGGACCAGGAUGUGGUGGACACGUUUAACUGCAGCAUCAGAAACGGACCUCUUAACAUGUUCACGAUCCCUGAUGGCACCUGUGAUCUCUGGUCCUCUCCAUACCAGGGAGAAGCUACGUACAACAUCACAAUUGAGGCCACCGACCACCUCCACCCUCCCGUUAACAACAGUAUCUACGUGAACUACAAAGGCUUCACCAACUCUUCCAUGGACAGCUGUAUACUGUUCUAUGUGGCGUCCACCUCGGUCGAAGACUUCUUGUCUCUCAAUUAUUUGAAGUUUGUCAAAGCCCUGGACAGCCUGUUCAACCUGCUGGCCUCCAAGACUCACAUGUUUGGGAUUAAGCCUACAGGUGAUAAAGUCCUGCUUCUGGCUGCGGUGAAGAGUUACAACGGUCAGUACCUGAAUGGAGAGGUCGCCAGCAGUAUCUCUGCUGCCCACCAGAAACUCCUGGAGGCUCAGAGCAACAUCACUCUGUCCUACAUCACCAGCGACCCCUGCCUCGUCAACCCCUGUCUGAACGGAGCCACCUGCAACAAAAAUGUCCACAUCGGCCCAGAUGUGUUCGUCCUGGAGAGCCCGUCGGUCAUCUUUGUGUCGCCGCAGAAUGAGAUCUUUAAUUGUUUGUGUUCAGGGGGCUUCGCCGGCACCCUGUGCGAAUUAGACGUGGAUGAAUGUGACGAGAGACCCUGCGAGAAACAGAGUGUGUGUGUUAACAACCCAGGAGGGUUCCGUUGCCACUGUAAGAGGGGCUUCUCUGGCCUGUACUGCUCAGCUGACGUGGAUGUAUGCCUGGAGGUCCACUGUCAACAUGGAGGAACGUGCCUGAACACGGAGGAUGGGGUUCACUGUGACUGUAGUCCUGGAUAUGAGGGAGAGUUUUGUGAGCAUUCCGUUAACCACUGCGCAUCAGCACCUUGUUUCCAAGGCAACUGCACCAAUGGUCUGACAGGAUACACAUGUCAUUGCCCUUUUGGUGUGAGUGGCAUCCACUGCGAAGAGGACAGCUAUGGCUUUGAGGAGUUGUCCUAUAUGGAGUUUCCGCCUCUAGAUCCCAGGAGUAACUUCAUCUCCCUGGAGCUGGCCACGUUGCAGCAGAACAGCCUGCUGCUGUAUAACCCUGCAGGCCCGGGCAGUGUAGAGUACCUGGCACUGGAGGUUGUGAAGGGGAGGGUCUGUCUCUCAUACGACCUGGGCUCUGGAGCUGUCCGUCUGCAGACGGAAAGGCAGGUGGCUGAUGGACGCUUUCACAGCAUCACCGUCAGGAGGAUAGGAAAUAUAGGCUCUCUACAAGUGGACCACUGUCCUGAUGUGAAGGCUACUGGAUUUUGUCUCUCUCAAAGUAAUGGCAUUGGCUCCAAAAGGACCCUGGAUGUUGGCGGCAGUAACAUGACGUUUGGGGGAGUCAGGUCUAUUGAAUCUGUUCUGCUGCGGCCUGGUCAAGUCCAGACUCAUGACUUUGUUGGCUGUGUGAGAAACAUGAAAGUAAAUGGUAUACCUUUAGGGCUUACCAAAGCUCUGGCGGCCUACAACUUCUUGGAGAGGUGUCCUCGAGCAGCAGUGUCUCCGUGUCUCAGUGGUCCGUGUCUGAACGGAGGAGUGUGUCAGGACCUCUGGUCUCACUACAUCUGUCAGUGUACACAUCACUACACUGGAACCACCUGUAACACAGAGAUUUCAGAGGAGCAUGUGUUACGGCUGGGCAGUAGCGGCUACAUAGAGUAUGUGGUCAGAGAGAGCUACAGGAGAGAGCAGCAGCUGAGAGACCUGCUGGACGAAGACAGAGGACAGACAGAGAGCAGCAGAGAUCUCUCUGAGAUAGAAGUCAAGGUGAAGACUGUGGAGAGAGACGCGGUGUUGCUGUUCGUUUUGGGAAGGAAAGGACACUUUGAGCUCAGGGUGAUGGAUGGAAACCUCCUGUACGUCUCCAGAGACAAGUCAGGCGUCCUCUCAGAGGUAGCCUCAGAGACCAGCAUGGCGGAUGGGGACUGGCAUGUCCUCCAUCUUUCCACAGUUGGACAGAGCACUGUCCUUCUGAUGGACGGACAGACAGUCAUGAACACCAGCGAUGAUGGAGCUCUGGACCUAAGUGCUGUCAAUGUUGAGAAGAUCAUCCUUGGAGCGACUCCACCACCACCCCGAGACACGAGAAUCAAGCGCCCAGUAGGGUUCUCUGGUUGUGUGGAGUAUGUCCGAUACAAUGGCCAUUUCCUGCCAGUCAGUGGCUACAGUCUGAUAGUGGAGGUUUGGCCCAGUUCUACCCUGCUUCAGUCCAGCUGCGAGUCCCCAGGCUCCUGUGUUCCCUCAUGCUCCUGUAUUUCCACCACUUGCCCUGAGGAUGUCCCCACCAACGCCAGUCUACCUUGCCUCUCUCUGCCCUGUCCCACUGCUCCAGCCUGCGGUAGCUCUGCUGGCACUAGGAACAGCUCCUGUAUCUGCCUCACGGCUGGCUCCUGUGAACUCUGCUCCUCCCCUCCACCAGAGGACUUCCGGGGAGGAGCAGGAGUGUGUUCUGAUCAGGAGGCCCUCAGGGGCCCCUCCGCUCCUCUGUGGGUCAUCGGCGUGGUUCUCCCCGUCACCUCCUUCCUCCUCUGCCUGGGUGUGUUCCUCUGCCUGGGGAGAUGCAAUGCUAACGCCUGCUGCCACCGGCCACAGAAGCGUCAGGCUGACAGUGGCUCACCGCAACGUGGAGAGGAAGGGACGGACAACGGAGCGUUUUGUUUUGAAGGCCCGAGGACCACUAGUACUGUACCUGUGGUGAGAGGGAAGCCACCUGACCUGAUCCGGGCGGACAAACCGAGGGAGGCUGUCCAGGACGGCUACAGUACAGCCAGGCCAGGUUUGGAGGCUGGUGGACACAGUGAGGAGCUGGAAUACUACGAGAUAGACACUGGCUCUCUGAGGCUCACUGGCUCUCUGAGGCUCACUGGGUCUCUCUACAACACAGAUUGGGAGAGGACAGAGACUGGAGUGAGGGGAGGAUUGAGGGGAUGUCAGAAGAAAAUGCCAGGCUCCCCAAAUCCAGAUGACAGAGAGAGGCCAGUGGAGCUGUGGCAGAGGCCCCUGACACACCCUGACCAAAGAGUCUCCAGAGACGUAGGAUGUGGUAUGGCCAGUGGGCCGCUGAGCCAGGUAGAUGAUGAAGAGCAGCGCUUCCCCGGGAGGUUGGUAGUGCCAGGGCUGAGGGGUCCUCCUCAGUGUCUCUCUUUGGAGGAGGUGAGGAAGCUGAACAGCCCUGUGGGUGUUCAGUUACAUCAGCUGGCUCAAUGGCCCAGACCUGGCAGAGCUACCAGAGGGAUAAACAGAGGGAUGGACAGUUCCUCAGACAGCAACACCCACAGCUCCUUUUCCUGCUCAGAGGUCGACUUUGACAGGGACUUCUCUCUACUAAGCGCCCAGGGCUUGUUACGGGAGCGGACACUGAUCACCACCCGCACCCACAGAGAACCAGCAGAGAGCCUGCCUGUCCCUUCCCCAUUUAGAGACCCUGUGCCCCCCUCUCAGGCCCAGUACAGGACUAGGACGGCUGACUCUGGUGAUUCCCCUCAACACUGGGAGCAGCUCCUGAACAUGUGUGUGUGUUUCGACACCUAUGCCCCAGUGUUUGAGGACAUAGCAGGGCUGCCAAUGGAACAACCACCUGACUGGGAUAGGCAAAGCGAUCUGGAGGAGAUCAUAUGACAGGUCAUGAAAAGAAAAUGGAUUUGAAAAUGUACAAGAAUUAUGGUAAAGAUUGUUUAAUUGUAAGAGCUGUGCCAGGGAAUGAGUUUGCAUCGUAAUUGAGGGUAAAGUACAUCCAUGGCAAUGUGUGUUGACAGUAUUGUGGACAGCAGAAUGUACUGUAUGCAGAAUGACUAUAUUUAUAUUGUAAUGCAAUGCUCUCAAACAUCCUAUCCCACCCAUUUAUUUUUACUGACUGUUGCAUUGAAAUAGUCUCACGUUUUUCUCAUGUUCACUCAUAGCUGUGCAUCAUUGUGUUGUUUAUCUUCCAUUUGGUUAGUCUGUUUCGGAUUUACUUUUGUCUCAUUUUAAUAGGCAACAGUGCAGUUGAACGCAGAAACAGUUCAGCACCAGGGCUACUGUUCUUUACAUUGAGGGAGUUUUAUUACGUUGACCCAGGCAACAUCAUUGGGCGAAAGCUGGGAGGGAGGAGCACCCUUCUCAGAUCUAACAGUAAUCUGCGCAGCUCGGUCAUGUUGUCAACAAGGCAGCAUGGCGCAUCGUCCAGAAACAUACAUCUCUUUGCCAGAAAAUACACUAGUUUUAAUUUUGAAGGCAGAUAAAGCGUUAACUCAACAAUCACAUAAUCCUACGCAUCACUCCAUGUGCUUAAUUACGUCACUUUUGUUUUGAGCUGACUUUCCCAUUGGCCAUAGCGGGGUACCUGGCUCAGUCACCUUUCACCCAAUUCAAACUUCUCCCACUGGGGUAACCCGGGCCAGAUAAACACCCCCCCCCCAGUGUCAAAUGACUAGCUCUACUUUCUAUAGGUACGCCAAUCUGUAGAGCUGACUUGCUCUACUUUCUAUAGGUACGCCAAUCUGUAGAGCUGACUAGCUCUACUUUCUAUAGGUACGCCAAUCUGUAGAGAGCUGACUAGCUCUACAGGUACACCAAUCUGUAGAGCUGACUAGCUCUACUUUCUAUACGUAUGCCAAUCUGUAGAGAGCUGACUAGCUCUACUUUCUAUAGGUACGCCAAUCUGUAGAGAGCUGACUAGCUCUACUUUCUAUAGGUACGCCAAUCUGUAGAGAGCUGACUAGCUCUACUUUCUAUAGGUACGCCAAUCUGUAGAGAGCUGACUAGCUCUACUUUCUAUAGGUACGCCAAUCUGUAGAGAGCUGACUAGCUCUACUUUCUAUAGGUACGCCAAUCUGUAGAGAGCUGACUAGCUCUACUUUCUAUAGGUACGCCAAUCUGUAGAGAGCUCUGAAGUAAUCGACAAAUCUGUAUGGCACCAUACACACGCACAGUCCACUCCUUUAUGAACUCAACCUGUGAAUGAUUAAGCAUCCGUUUACAAUUUUCACAAAACAUUUAUAUUAUUUGAGUGUUUUCUGUCGCUUGGAUAUGGACUCUAUCCAUAGAUCUUCUCUAGAUUGUUAUGAAACGCGGUCCACUUUGUCAAAAUAAUAAAGUCACGUUACAUGGUGUUAGUUGAACAAUAGCAGAGAGAGCAGAACAUCAGACCUGGCAAAUGGAUGAUUAAAGCUUUUUUAUUA